AUGCCAGGGGCAUGUAAAGAGCGCACUAUUCAGACGGCACUUUCGUACGCCGUCGCCGUAGUGUCGAUAUCAACGGACUGGAUCUUUGCGACCCUACCCAUAUUCCUGCUUUGGGAUGUACAACUAGACUGGCGAGUCAAAAGCUCCGUGAUAGCCAUGCUUGGUCUAGGAGUCUUCGCCUCCAUUGCUCCAAUCGUGCGUCUUAAGUUUCUCAUCGGCUUAAACGAUCCGAACAGGCUUCUACAGAAUCUCGGCGAGAUCCUCGCCUGGGCUUGCGCUGAGAUGAAUGUCGGCAUGUUUGUCGCCAAUCUGCCCGCCUGCCGUCCCAUACUCACCAAUCUCAUCUCGCACUUUUCGUCUUCGUUCCGAAGCCGGUCUGGACCUUCACACAAUUAUGGCUCGUCGAAGAAGCCAUAUGCCCGUGGCUCACUGCGUGGUGGCGAUCCCGCAUCGAAACACUGGAUGGAGCUUGACGAGCGACCAGAGAGCACUGGGCUGAACAACCAUUUGGGCAACAAAUCCAAGGAUGUGGGUGUCGAGACGAAAAUCUAUGGUGACUUGGAUGAAAUCAGCAAUAUAAGCUCUGAACGUGAUGAUGGAAGCCAAAAGCGUAUUGUUAACAAGCGACCAAGUGGCGAUGGCAUUCAGGUUAACGUUCAGAAAGACUUCAAAGUCGAGAUCACUAGCGGGAAGCAGUUACCACCGUUGCCUAGGCUACCGUCGGAACCAGUCUGA